ACAGAUGCAGUCGUGGAUCACGCGCAUCAACGUGGUGGCAGCCAUGUUCUCUGCACCCCCCUUCCCUGCAGCCAUCGGCUCCCAGAAGAAGUUCAGCCGCCCACUGCUGCCCAGCUCCUGCACCAGGCUGUCCCAGGAGGAGCAGGUGAAGAACCAUGAGACCAAGUUCAAGACAAUGUCAGCAGAGCUGCUGGAGCAUCGCAACUCACUGCCUGAGAAGAAGGUGAAGGGCAAGGAGUACGAGGAGCUAAAGCAGAAGGAAGAGUACCUGGAGUUUGAGAAAUCCCGCUAUGGCACCUACGCCAUGCUGCUGCGGGCCAAGCUGAAGGCUGGCUCCGAGGACCUGGCAGCAUUUGAGUCCACCCUCUUUGACACAGCGGGUGGGGAGGAUGAUGGCCUGAAAAAAUCCCACUCCAGCCCCUCGCUCAACGCAGAGCCCUCCAGCAUGGCCACCAAGGUGAAGCGCAACAUCUCAGAGCGCACUGGCCGCCAGCCCUCUGGCCAUGCCCAGAAGUCGUAAGUGAGGGGCAUCAGCCACCUGUGCUGCGGCUCCAUUCCUGUCCCCCCCGGCACUGGGGUGGAGGCCAUGUGCCCGCCGAGACCCUGCAUGUGUCCAUCUGGCUGGGGCACGAGCUGGAGGGGGUGACAGCCCUCCUGCAGCCACCAGCACUAGCCAUGCAGAGCCACGGCCCCUCCACCGGAGACAGUGGCAGAGCAGGACAGUCCCUGGUCCCUGCCUGCGGGAGCUGCCCACACCAUCGGCCCCACCAGACUCAUUCCUGACCCUCCUCAGCCUGCACUUGGCUGCAGGACCUACUCUUGCUGCC